AUGGCGCAAAAAACUGAGAAUGCAUCCAAAGAAGAUUUGGAUAAUGGAGGUAGGGACAUAAGUCUUUUGAACCAAUCUAAUGGCUUCGAGGACGUUUCUCAUACAAAAGGAAAUCAUGGUAAUGAUGCUGCACCUAAAGAAGAUGUCGAUGAUGAUGAUUCAACUCUUGUUUCGAAUGAUGGAGCUAUAAAUGUAAGCUCUCUUAACUAA